AUGGACAACUCAAGCAACUCCCGACAAGUUCAGCCAGGCGGCCCUGACGCGGCUCUGCCCACCUAUCACGAGCUCUCCAAACUUGAAGCUCAACCGCCGCAGCAGGCGGCUCCUUUCGCAUCCACGUCUCAACCCGCAGGAGGGAGCCCGAAUCCGGACACCAUCGAGGCUCCUGGCCCUGCACACCUCCCGGGGUACGGCGAGGCUUCACAGUCGAAACCACCACAGUACGAAAGAUACAAGAACGAGCCGCCGCCAGGAUUCUCUGGCCGUGAGAACCAAAGGUGGCAGUACGCCCACUGGAUCGUCGUCAUGACUGUUUUCUUGGGCAUCGGUCUUGGUGUUGGUAUCUACUAUGGCGUCGCCUCGUCCUGA